AUGACUUACAAUAAACAACCUGCUGUAUUUUACGUUAAUGCUGCUUUAUUCGAUUGUGAUGGUACUUUAGUUAACUCAACUGGUGCUAUCUCAGAAUUCUGGAGAGAUUUCGGUAAAACCAGACCUCAUGUUAAUCCAGAAGAAAUCAUCAGAACUAGUCACGGUUGUAGAACUUUCGAUGUCAUUGCCAAAUGGUCACCAGAAGAUGCUGAUGUUGAACAAGUUACCAAAUGGGAAGGUGAAAUACCCGAUAGUUUUGGUCAAUUCGCCAAACCAAUUCCUGGUGCUGUUGAAUUAGUCAAAUCUUUUGAUAAAUUUUCUAAAGAAAAAACCGCUAAUGGUGCUCAAAGAUGGGCUAUUGUCACUUCAGGUACUUUACCUUUAGCUACCAAAUGGUUAAAAUUAUUAACUAUUCAAAAACCAGAUGUUUUCAUCACUGCUGAAAAAGUCACCAAAGGUAAACCACACCCACAAGGAUACCAAUCUGCCAGAGAUACCUUAGGUUAUCAAGAUGCCAACAAAAAAGUUGUUGUUUUCGAAGAUGCUCCAGCCGGUAUAACAGCUGGUAAAGGUGCUGGUGCCAUGAUUGUUGGUAUCUGUUCUACCUACGACCCUGAAAAAGUAAGAAAAUCAGGAGCUGAUAUUGUCGUUGACGAUUUAUCAAGCUUUGAAAUUGACAGUUACAAUCCAGAAACUGAUGAAUUCAAAGUUGUUGUUAAUGAUUAUCAUUUCGCUAAUGAAGAAUUUUUACAAAAAGUUUAA